AUGUUGUAUGCUAUUCUGAAAUGGAAUCAAAAAGAGCUGGCUUCUACAUCACAAAGCACAUUUUCUUAUGAUCUCAGUAAACGAUACCAGUUGAAAGAGAACGUUUUCUCGACUAAUGUACUUCUUACUUUUACAACAACUUUGGCUAUCACAAAUUUUGUUUUAAUUCCUCUUCUCAUUAUUGUUAAAUUGGGAUUUGGGGAAAUCAUCGGAAUGUGUGGCACUAUCCUACACUUUGAAAUAUUCAGUCUGUGGAAUCAAAUUAUCUUCUCAUUGAUUCCUUUCCUCAAUCUCCUGAUACAUCCUAUUUUUCGAACUGCUGUAAGAGAACAUCCAAUAAUCAAAAAAUACUUUUAUAAGAAACAUGACAACGAGAACAACAUCAAGAAAGAGACGAGAAUAUACUUCGAUGGUUUGCGUAACCAGUGGGAUAACUCUUACUCAGUGAAAACAACAAGCAAUGUUGAACAGACUGCUAACUAUAAACCAUCAAGAAAGGAGAAAUAUCCAAAACAAUAG